AGAUUGUUCUUGGAAAUGGCUCGCGGCCAGAUUUCAAGAUGCUUUGGAGGUGUUGCGCCUUCCUGGCGUUCAUUGCACUGCCUUCGAAAAGCUCUUGGACAGAAAAGCUUGAUCACGGAAGUGUCUCCGGAUUUCCCAGCUAUGAAGAGGCCAAUAAGCUCCUUCAGCAAUUUCUGGAGCAACAUCCCAAUGAACUCACCAAGCAGCAGAUAGGGGAGAGUUACCAGAAAAGGCCAAUCUAUGCUUACAUCCUUGGGACCAAAUCGGGAAGGCAACGUCAUCCACCCCAGGUUUUGCUGACUUCGCUGACGCAUGCUCGAGAGCCAGCAAGCCUGACAGUUCUUAUGUAUUUUCUGGGACAUCUCUUGGACGAGUUCAAAGCAGGCGAUGCACAGGCCUCGUACAUUCUAGAGAUGCGAGAGGUGUGGCUGGUGCCCUUCGUAAAUCCCGACGGUUACGUCGCCAAUCAGGGCCUCCGAAGCAAGGUCAUUAGAAAAAAUCUACGACCAACAUGCAGAUCCGCUGUCAAUGGCGGGGUCGAUAUCAACAGGAACUUUGGCGUACAUUGGUCCGGUGGGUUCAAUGGUUGCAACGAAGAACAUGGUGGCACGCAGCCAUUUUCAGAGCCUGAGACUCGGGCUCUCCAGAAGAUUUGUGAGGAGAACAGUUUCAAGACAGCCAUGAACUUCCAUGCUUUCGGCAGCAUGCUGACACACCCGUACAACUGGGCCAAUACAGACCUGCUGCCUGCUGAUGAUAAAGCAGUUUACAAGGAGAUUGCCAAAGUAUUUGGUUGGAAGAAGUUCGGCACUGCCAUUCAGACUGUUGGAUACACGGCCACGGGCGAAUCGGAUGAUUGGAUGUACUCCAAGAGGCAUAUCAUCUCAAUGUCUCCAGAGGUCGGUCCAGAGUACGGUGGUUUUUGGCCGCCGUCGUCCGAAAUUGCUGGGAUCGACUCUCGCAACUUUGAAAGGACAUCGUAUGUCGUGCUGAAGGCUGGAAUGGAAUUGAAAGUGGAAGCCGUACGCCAAAGUCUCGGCGAGUUCCUCCAAAGAGAGUCUCGGCCACCAGGUUUGGAGAAUUUGGCCGGCGGAAUCCCCGACAAACUGUUUCAGCUCAGGAUUGACAACCUCGGACUGUCUCCAAGCUCUGGGCAGGUACUUCGAGUUGGCGUGCACGGAGCUGUCAAGGGAACCCCAGGUGACCCUGGCCUGCUGCUUCAGGAUGGCAAAACAACGCAGUUGGCUGCCAAUGAUGGAACGGUCUCACUUCAGGUCAACUCGAUUGACAAGCGCAGCAGCAAGACAGUUUGGAUCAUUCCGGCAAGGUCUUGGGAAAUUGAGCUCGGAGCGAUGACGGUUUGCGUGUCUGAGGUUGACUCUGAUUCUUCAAUCCGCGCAAUUUGCCAUUGCUCAGCGUCUGGCAGAGAGUCCUUUGCCUUCCCAGAUGCAACUGCUGGUCUUGACAGGCUGGACUCAAGGAUUUGCGCUGCGGCUUUGCACGGAGGUGUCUCACCUGCAGGUUCCACUGCUCCGCUUGCUACAACGAUUAAAGAGGCUCCACAUACAUCGCCUACAACCAGUCUGCAACUGGACUCAAGGACUUCUGCGACAACCAUGUCCCCUACAGCAGAUCAGCCUUUCUUUCAAAUUGCAUCAUCCGGCACAACUCUCUUGCUAGGAGAAAAGCAUGGAAAACAGUCGCUCAUAAAGUCUCCACUGCCUAAAGGUGAAGCAGAAAGCCAGGCGGUGUUUGCAACGUGGCUACUUCUGGCCCUGGGUGCUACAUUUGUCGGUAUGUUCGCGUGCCUCUUCAUGCAGAGUUUUGUUGUCCCUCGCGCGGUUGCAAGACGGGCUCCUUCGGCAGUGGAUUACGAACGUAUUCCAGGCUUGCAAGUCUCGCGCGCGGAGGACAGCGAUGACUUGGGUUUCAGCCCCCAGGCAUGAAACCAGAGCAAGUGAGUUGCGGGAAUGCCAAAAAAAAUCUGUCUCCGGAAGCUCUUCUCUU